AUGACUCUUGAAGCAAAAGAGAGGACAAAUGUGCGUCUAGUGUUUCUAGGUGCUGCAGGUGUGGGGAAGACAGCCCUCAUCCAGCGCUUCUUAGAGGACACCUUUGAGCCAAAGCACCAUCGCACAGUAGAAGAACUCCACAGAAAGGAGUUGGAGGUUGGAGGUAUCAAAUUAAACAUCAACAUCAUGGACACCAGUGGCAGCUACUCUUUCCCAGCAAUGAGAAGGCUCUCCAUUCAAAACAGUGAUGCCUUUGCACUGGUCUACGCAGUGAAUGACCCAGCAUCCCUGGAGGCAGUUAAGCAUCUGCGGGAUGAGAUUCUGGAGGUCAAGGAGGACAAGUACACACCCAUUGUUGUGAUAGCUAAUAAGAUUGACUGUCACCGUGAGCGUCAAGUGUUAAGUGAGGACGUUCUCUCAACAGUGGAGCUGGAGUGGAAUAACAGCUUUGUGGAGGCAUCUGCUAAAGACAACAUUAAUGUGCUACAGGCGUUCCGGGAACUCUUACAACAAGCCAAUAUGCCCGGUUGGUUUAGCCCAGCACUGUUCCACAAGCAGGAAAAAACUCCCAAGGUUAAAAGCAAGAUAUCUCCAAUGAACAUGACUAACAGUUGCCUUCUCUCUUAA